GCAAGGUGAGUAAAUGAUGGAUACCGAUGUGAGUGUGAUGUGAGGGUGAUUAUAACAUAUUAGUAUAAAUCCUAUUUUAAUUUAAAGCAGGAUGAAGAGGAAGCAAUGGAGUGUUUCUCUGGGCUUUGUCCUGAUUUCGAGUCCCGUUAUCAACUCAGCAAUAAAGCGGAAAAUGAGGCUGACAUCAUUGCUAAACUCUUGGACCAAAACAAGGGAUUUAAUAGAGUUUCACACCGCCCUGCUCUUGAAGGGAUAGGCAUUAUCAGACCUGUAACAGAGUACGAGGCCUUUGGAUCAAGAAGCAGUGCUUUCAAUGGGAUCAUGGCCGCGUUGGAAGAUGAUAAUGUCAAUAUAAUAGGAGUGUACGGGAUGGGAGGUGUUGGCAAAACCACACUUGUCAAAGAGAUUGCUAGAGAAACCAAGGAGAAUCAGCUGUUCGAUGAAGUGGUGUUGGUUGCUAUAACACAAACUUCAAACACGGUAAAUAUUCAAAAUGAGUUUUCCAGUAAGUUAGGCCUGAAAUUAGACGAGCCUAGCUUGAUGUUCGAGCUGCCCGACUACAUGAUCGACUAAAGAAACUCACCAAGGUUCUUAUCAUCUUGGAUGAUAUUUGGGAGGAACAAGACUUGGGCGCACUUGGAAUUCUUCCGACCGACGAACACAAGGGAUUGAAGAUGUUGAUGACGUCUAGGAAGCUCGUUUUAUUGAAGUUGAUGGGUUCUCAGAAAAGCCAUCCAAUUGAUAUCCUGAAAGAAG